UAUAACUCUAUUACCUCCCUUCGAAGUUUGUUUUGAUAUUAGCACAAACGAAAAAAUACUUAUAUAAUUGUAUUUACCUUUUCUAGUCUAAUAAAAGAUGAUUUGGACGAAUUAAAUUUUAAAGAGUGGAAAAGAAGGCGCAAAUCAUAUCAUAAGUAAAAGGUUUAAACAUCAUGAUCAUGGAAAUAUAGCAGGCACCACUACAAUCUCUGUCAUUCUAAACAGACUAGACAAUAUAGAGAUUUAAAUAGUUGUCUCCCCUAAACAACCUACAGACAAUUAAGAGAUGUUACACUAUAGCCAUGGUGGGGAGGAGAGGACAGGAACAGAUACUUUUUUCAGAUACGGAAAAUAAAGAGAUUUUAAGAGUUAUCUCCCCCGAACAACAAACAGACAAUUUUGAGAUGUUAAACGGUGGACAGGGUAAUAAUGAAACAAAUAUGGUUUCUGAUACCGAAAUCUCCUCUGAACACCCAUCAGACGUUUCAAAGAUGUUCGACGGCGGCGGACAGGAAAAGACAGAAACACAUAUGGUUUAUGAUACUGAAAUCUCCCCUAAACAAUCAACAGACGAUUUCGAGAUGUUCCUCGUUGCACAGGACAAGACAGAAAAGAAUAUAUGGUUUCUGAUACUGAAAUGUCCCCUGAACAAUCUAAGGCAUAUCAGACUUGUACAGACCACUUGAUGGAUAAAGCUUUUCAAACUUGUACAUACCAACUGAUGGAUACGGUUUUUGAGAAUAGUGAGAAAGUUGAUACUGGUACUGAAUGUGGUAAAAAGUGCCAGAGUAAUGUUUGUGGUAAAGGGUGCAAAACUAGUGCAUGUGGUAAAAUGUGCCAAGGAAAGACAUGUAACUUAUGUAAUAAAGGAUGUGAUCAGUCUUGCAUUGUACAUAAUGGCUACAAACCUUUUAAAUGUGGUGUCUGUGAAGUAGAUUUCACUAGGAAGCAACACAUAGAAAUGCACAUGAGAACACAUACUGGAGAUAAACCAUACAAAUGUGAAUUAUGUGAUAAUACUUAUAGUCGGAGUCAUCACUUACGGAAUCAUAUGAGAACACAUACCGGUGAUAAACCAUUCACAUGUGAUAUAUGUGAUAAGACAUUUGGUGAGCGUUCUCACAUGCAGAAACACAGGAAAACACAUACAGGCGAAAACCCGAGUAAAAUAUGUAAAUGUGAUGUAUGUGAAAGGGAAUUUAGUCUGCUCUCUGACUUAAAGAGACACACGAAGACACAUACAGGUGAUAAACCUCAUAGAUGUGAGUUAUGUGAUAAAGCUUUCUGUAGGAAGGAACACUUACAAUCCCACAUGAGAACACAUACUGGCGAUAAACCUAAUCAAUGCGAGGAAUGUGGUAAAGCUUUCACUAGAAAGGAAGGUUUACGAGUACACAUGAGAACACAUACUGGCGAGAAACCGUUUGCAUGUGAUAUUUGUGGUAGAAGUUUUACUUGUAACAACGACCUACAAAGACAUAAACGCAGACAUUUAAGACAUGAUGAACAUGGUGAAGGACCCUAUAAAUGUGAUAUGUGUGAUAAAGAUUUUAUUCGGACAUCCAACUUAAAAGUGCACAAGAGAACACAUACUGGUGAAAAACCAUUUUUGUGUGAGAUAUGUGGUCUGACAUUUAGCCUCUCAAUUUCUUAUUCUUCACACGUUACAAAACAUAAUGCUGAGAAGACCAAAUUACUUAAAUCAAAUUAAGCAAAACAAGCAAUUCCUAUAUAUAGAUUGUACGGAGAGCUGAAUCUCCACCCUAUAUACAUAUCAUUUUAAAGAAGGAAACUCUAAAGACAUUGACUUGUUGUGUUGCCUUACUUUAUUAAUAAACGUUUGAAAAAUAUUAUUAGCAAUUAAGGGAAUACUCAUAUUAGUCUGAGCGUCAGUGG